UAUAUGUAUAUUUCUCAAAGCCGGGUUGUUGUUGUUGUUGUUUUUAUGUUAAACCAUCUGUAUUUCAUAUUAAUUUUGUAUUUUAAAAAAAGAUAGGAGGGAGAAUUAAAAGAACGAAACAGGGUAACUAUGAUCGAUUUAAUGACGAGAUUUGUGAUUGGAGAAGACGCCCGUGUUGUGAUAAGCCCACUUUUCUGUGAUUGGUGACGGUGAUGAUACUCACGCUAUGGUGUCUCUACUAAUUUUUUUUUUAUAUUCACGUCUGGCCCAUCCAAUGCUGUAAGCAAAGCAGACAUACAAGUUAUGGCACAUGGUAUUAUUGACCCAGGUGCUCGUCCGCCAUACACACGCGUUUGAUGAACUUCUUUCUCGGCAGAAAAAAAAACUUUGUUGCUGAUGCGGGCAAUACGCGGUACGGUAAUACAGCGGCUUGUGUACCUGUAGUCCACAUGUAUCGUAGUCGGUCGUAACCUCUCCACCGCGCGGCACACACUAAUCAGAUCUGAAAAUAAAGUGCGUACACUUGAUGCGGUAAGUGGUGUCUAGAUGAAAUGUGUAAUGGAGAGGUGGGAUUAAGAUAUUUAUUUGAUUUCAUUCAGGCUGUCUGUCGAAGACGCCAGUUAUCACUGUACAGUAUGAUAUAGACAUACUGUCUGCAAUCCCGACCAGGCGAGAGUGACCGUAACCAAACGUAAUCAGCUGAAGCUUUUGAUUUUUUCCACUGAAAGAGAAAAAAAUGCUGCGGUACUCAAAUCGUAGAGUGGAAUAGACAACAGAAUGAAAAAAUGAACAUUCAAGGAUUUUUCGAAUUGAUCAACGGGCAUCGAACCCUUGGUUUUACUGAGGGGCCAUGAUGUGUAUUCGUGAUCCUCAAUCCGGGUUCCUGAGACCCCCGGACAGGUGUCUGCCCUAUGAAGCCUACCCACCGGACGAGUUCCACCCCUUCAUCGAGGCUUUGCUGCCUCAUGUGAAGGCUUUCUCCUACACAUGGUUUAAUCUACAGGCAGCCAAACGCAAAUAUUACAAAAAACAUGAGAAACGGAUGUCAAUGGAGGAAGAAAGAAGAGUGAAAGAAGAAUUACAGAACGAAAAACCAGAAAUCAAACAGAAAUGGGCUUCAAGAUUGUUGGCAAAAUUACGGAAAGAUAUAACUCAGGAAUGUCGAGAGGACUUUGUGCUAAGUGUGACUAACAAAAGACCUCCAAUAUGCGUGUUGAGUAACCCAGAUCAGAAGGGCAAAAUGCGUCGUAUUGACUGCCUACGCCAGGCAGACAAAGUGUGGCGUUUGGACCUGGUGAUGGUGAUUUUGUUUAAAGCUAUUCCACUAGAAAGCACGGAUGGAGAGCGUCUGGAGAAAUCCAUGGACUGUGUUAAUCCUUUGUUGUGUGUGAAUCCGCAUCAUAUAAGCGUUUCUGUGAGAGAAUUAGACCUGUACCUUGCAAAUUUUAUUCACAGUUAUGUUCCUGACCCCCGAAAUGAUUAUGUGGACUUGCAACAAAUGAACAGUGACCAAGAUAUCAAAGUGCCUGGAAAUAUCCAUUCUGGCGUUUCUGGAAAUGACAGCAUCAUGGCAACAGGAGUGUUCUCGGCACGAGAGUUACUGAGGGUCACACGGCCUUCUAUAAUGAUGCCACCUAACGGAACACACUCCAUGCUACCUCCACAGAAGCAGAUGGAUAGUCCAGGUAGUUAUUAUAACUACAGUCCCCACCCCCAGGAUCAACCCAUGGGCUCCGGGAUGCACCCUGGUAUGUCCAAUGGACAGUCUGCCCUGAGCCCUUCAGGGCAUCCUCACAAACGUCUGAAACGCAAUACUAUCAGCUCGAUCUCAUCAGCCGACGAAGACGCGGAAAGUGUUGGGGAUGAAAGUGAAAGUAUGAGCAGCUACUAUGGGAAAUCCUCUUCUACGCUGAACAGCAGCGGGUCAUCAGGAUGGCAGGAGGGCGGUCACAUGGCAGAUCCAGGUGUAGCACCUAGCCCAGCCAUGCAUUCAUCAACUCUUGUCAUCCUCGCUAAUAAACCAAAGAUUAACGAAGCUAACAGCGGCUUUACGCCCGUAACAUCCGGCAACACACUCAUCUUGCAGCAUGUGCCCCCAAGCAGCAGCACCCCUCCACGGGACGCCCCCACUCCGGGUGAGAUGCAGGCCAGGCCCCCCUCCCGAUCCACACCCCCUCUUAGUGCUAGUACAGGGCUUCAGCAGCCUCUUGUAUUGUCCGCGGGGGCAGCUCCGGGCCCCAGUCACCACGCUAUGAAGUAUCAGGAACAUCCUGGAGGAGACACUUUUUCAGAUUUCGUUUCUUUGGUCUGUCAAGAGGCCCAGAACUCUCACAGUCAGUCAAGUUCUACCACACCACCAAUGAAGAGUCCCACAAAACUGCCGCAUUUCUUCUCACCUGGUAUGUUGCCCCCACCACCGCCACCUCCACCCACAGUGGCACGACCUGUGGCCAUUUUACGGACGUCUGAUGGACAAACCGUCAUUAGCAGUGGAAGCGCUGUCAUGACAUCCAACUCAUCUUCAAACACCAGUUUGGGGGUGAGUAGCUCCCCAGGCACUCCUCCUGUCAACAGGACCAUUAUGAGCAGUCCUUUUUCGGUUCUAACAAGGCCAGAGCAUGCCUUUCCUCACAUACACCCACAAGCACAUCAGUAUCCUUUAUGGGACACAUUGAAUGUAAAGGAAGAAAAAAAUUUAUCCUAUGUUUUUACUUAUCCCAGUCUGAGCCCAGUCAAUGCAAUCAGUGGGGUCAUUAGCCCCACCACUCUCAGCCUGAUUGCAUCUCCUGUAGCAACACCCCGGUCAACUCCAAGAUCCACUCCUAUCCCACGCUGGACCACGCCUUUUAUUCCCCUAGAUGAGGGCAUGGGGAUGGAUUACAACAUGCUGGCAAGUUUCAUGCAUGGCGUCAACAGUGAUGAACCUUUACUGAAUGAAGAUCGCUUUUUUGCACACAGCAAUGAAGGAAUGGAAGGUUCAAGCAACUCCAACAAUGGUCAUCAUACGGGUACAUCAAGCGGGAGUGGAGGGGGGUCGUCCCACAGUUCUCACCCCCCAGGGACACCUCAGGCCCCCAGCAGCUCCAAACCUCACACCUCCUCUCAACAGCAAACUUGAUGUAGACAGAAAACCACAGAAUGAUCAGAAGUGACCUUUGAACUUGCAAACAACAUGUUGCAGGCUGUGAUAUUUUUAAGGAGUUGGGUUUUUGUUAAUAGAUCUGAUUUUUGUUUGUUUGUAUUUUUUUUUUCCAAGCUAGUCAUGUAAAUCAGACAUCUGGUGAAAUGUCGUUUUAAUGUUGAAAAUUGGAAAGAAAAAAGAAAGUACUGAAAAGGGGGAAAUAUUAUUUAUGUCAUGUCUAAGAACAAAGAUAAAUAAUGCUUCCCUUGUUUGUCGUACAUCCCAAUGUGAACAACUCCUCUUGCCGAAUGUGCCAAUUUUGGACUCUUCAUUGUCCACGUUUUUUCUGAUCAUUUUGUGGCCCGGUUAAGUGCUCUGAAUUUGGCUGUGAUAGCAUUAUUAUGUAUUUGUGUCAUGUGUCCACAAGUCUGUUUGUCUAAGACAUUGCAAGUUAAUCUUCCAUUCUUUUUCUAUUAGCUCACCUUUGAAAAGGUAGGAAAAAAUCUAGACUGACUUUUUUCCCCAAACAUUCCAAGAAUGUAUUUGUUUCUACCUGAGUGUUACAGCCAUGGCUCUCAAACAAUCAGAGGUGAUCUUAAUGUAUCAUUUCUUGGAUCAGGUUUUCAUAAUAUCUCUGUGUUUUUAAAAAAUAUGCAUGAAAUUUGGAAAAAAAAAAUUAACAGGGUGUGCAAAAUAUUAUAAUCAGGUGUGUGUACAAUUAUUUUUUAAUAACAUUAUGUCUGUACUCAGCAUUGAGAUUGUUAAAAGCUUUAGUUUGUAUUCCCUUAAUGUGCUAUUAAGUAUUAAUUGUGUAUUAAUUGUAUUGGGUGAUAUUAUAUGUACAAGAGCCAAAUACUUUGAUAAAAAAAAAUAAUACUAAGUUUGUCUAGUACAUGUUUACUUGUACAUAGAGUUUCUGACAAAUUCGAUGAAUCUAUGCAAAUAAUGCAUUGAUAUGAAAGUAGACAUACAUGUAGUAUGUGCAAAUUAUAUGUGUCUUUGUAGCCCCAAUUUGUCACUACUUAAAAAUCAUUCUUGUAUUUAGUAAUGCAGUAUAUUACAUGUUUGUGCACAUAAACUAGUCACACACGUACUGUGUAAAUUGCUUGAAAAUUGCAAGGUUGCAUCUAUUGAAUUAAUCCUAGAAAAUGAAAUAUGCAAGUUUUUAAUCCAUUUGUCAUAGAAAAUUCCAUGCUUGUCAAGGGAUUUCCCAUAUUUUUCAGUAUUUAGUUUCUUGCCUCCUUGAUAAUUGUAGUGGUCUCCCUUGUCAUGGAAAGUGAAGGAAGGAUUUAAACUGGAAAUGUAUUGACACAAAUCCUAUAAUCAUGUUUAUUGUUUUAGAAUUGUAUUUUAUGAUAUAUAUGAGCAAGAUUUUCUUGUGAUUUGGAAAGUUGUUUGUUUCAUGUUAAACAUAACAUAUUCAACAUAUCAUUUGGUGGACGAGCACUUUCAAUUAUAUCUAUAAUUGUUUAUCAUUUUAAAGUGCACACAGUCUUCAAGGGACUGUCAAGAUUGUAAAUAAUAAGUAUUCAAAAAUGACUUAUCUUUUAAAGUUUAAGUAGUCCUCAUACAACGGUACAAUGUCAUACAAAGAUACAAUCGAAUGAAGUCCUGGGUAGGUCACGAUAUUUAUGAAAAAUAAAAUUAUGUACUUUGAACUCUUUGUAGGAUGUUAAUUAACCUUCAAUAAUCAAAUGUACAGUUUGUAAGUGGUACUCUAAUGAGCUUGUAUACAACAAGUUUGUGUUAAUGUUGUGAAUGAUACCACAACUACCUCGUAAAUUACUAUGUGAUAACAGAGAGUUUUCCAUCCAGAUUUAUGCAAAUGUUGGCCAUCUUGCUUUUAUCAUUUAUAAAUUUUUCCAUUAAAAUUUGCCCGGAAGAAAUUUUAUGAAGUUGAUAGAAAAAAGAAUUGUUUUCACUAGUAAAUCUAUUUUAAAGGAAUUUGCAUGUUGUAAUUUUUUUUUUCUUUUUGGUUAAGGCACACAUAUACUGAUAGGCAGUUCAGCCCCUCAAAAGUUUCGGUAAAUUUGACCAAAAUGGGCAAAAUACCUUGUACUCGGACAUGUGAUUUAUUUUGGACUAUAAACAAAUGAGCCAACAUUUUGUGAGGGCAGACUUCCAGAGUAUGACUUGGCAUUGUCUGACUGUCACCCCCCAGUUGUCAUUGUCCUUGUAAUGUUUGUGUAAUCUUUGUACAAAUCUGUCUUUAUUUCCCCAAAUACCACCAAUCUAUGCAGCUAUGUGUUGUUUAUAAUUACUUCUUUUUUUAUCAUUGCAAAGCCAUCUGUCAUAAUUUAUUUAUUGGCUAUUGUGCAUAGUAGAAUAGGUCCCUUAGAUUUCGAACCUUAAAGCAAAAAGCAAAAAAAGACAAUUUAAGCGUGGUUGAGUGUUGAAUUACUACAAUCUACAAAUGGAUAAUCUUUACAGCCUUUUGAAAUAAAAAGAUUACUGUGUGUUGUUACAAAAGUGGUUUGUAAAUCAAUUAAUCCCAGAGAACUUUCUCAUAUUUAUUAGAAAUAAAUCUGAAAUUUAAAAAAAAAGUAAUGUAUUGUGUAAGUAUGGUAGCUUUGUUAAAUACUCAAAAUAUUUUGUACAUAGAAAUCAAUAUAAAUGGCCAUAUUUUGUUUGUAUUCCUUGUGUAACCUUAUUUAUGAUUUAUUUUUACAGUGUAGUCACAUCCAUUUGAAUGAAAUCCAUUUUAUGUUCAUAAUAGAAUUGAAUGUGUUUGUUUUAACUUAUUUCAAUAUACUUACUUUUUGGUGUCUUUUUUCCUGUAGUUGGUUGAACUUGGUUCAGAUAAGCUUUACAAUACAAGACAUUUUCAUUUAGUUAGUUAUUCUUUAGUGUCGAGGCUCUUUUUUUUUUCUGUGAAAAAAAAAUUGAGCAGCUACUAGGGAUUCUGGUAAUUUGAACUCUCCCUAUUAAGAAAUGCAACUGAGAAAAUUAAAUGGACUGGAAUCAAGGACAUGAAUCCAUUCUAGGUAACGUGAUUGACCAAACUGAAGAAAAAAAAUUGCAUGUGUAAUUUUUAUUGUAGAUACAUGUACCUUGUUUUGGUUUCUAUAGAGGCACUGUACAUAAUUUUGUAAAAGAGUUAUAUUAUUUAUUUAUUAUAUGAAAGUGAGAAAGUUAUAACCAUGGUUUUACCACGGGUGUGCCUAAUUUACAAAAGACGAGUUAUAGUUAUUAUAUCAUAGUUGAUGGGAAUGCGUGUCAAAGAAAUAACAAUGAUCUGUGAUGCAGUUAUAAUAUUUCAGAGAAGUAGUAGUUAUUAUCUAUACAAUUUUGACAUUUUUUUUUCGUUGUGUAAAAUGGUGCGGAAAAGUGUCACAUUUUUAUCAUGUCAACAAAAAGUACACAUAUGUAUUUAAUUGGUUGUUAUUAAUUCUAGAUUUCACUGUAUGUUAUCAUAUCUAAUAUACAAACACCCCAUAGCCAGACAAAUCCAGUGUAGAGAGCAUAGCCUUGAAUUGAACUUGUAGACACAUACUAGAGAAACAGUGCAUAUUAAUAGUAACACGAAUAUUAACACUGUUGAACUCGAACAAGUUUAACAAGUAUUAUUAUCGACUUUAUUAACGAAUGUUUUGUUUUUUAUGUUUUUUAAAGUUGGUAGUUUACUUUGUUAUGGCUGUUUUAUUUAUUUUCUUCUGUUGAAAUUGUAUUAUAAGACUUGCUGAAAAGGGCAAGGGAUGGACAUAUCUGGCUAUGGUGAAAACCAGUGUGGGGUCAGCUUUUCGUUUGAAGAUGGAUGAACUUGUUUCACCAUCUUAAUCACAAGUUUGAAUAAAAAUCUGAUGUCA